CCUCACCAUAUCGACGUCCCACAUUCACAAACAUCAUGUCGCUGCGCCUACGGCAGGCGAUUCCCGGUCGUCCGCGCCGCGACUCACCUAGCGCGCUCAGCGCCAUCACCACCCCGCGCGGGUCAUACUUUGUGUAUCCAUCGUCCUCAAAUGUGGUACUCCUUGACCCCGAUGGAGAUUUGCACGACACUCUCCCGUUUUGGGAUGCGUUGCCGCACCGCGCCGGACCCUCAGGGAGCGCGCGCGACGUAGGGGGCGUGCUCGCACGCGAUGGCAUGGUCCUCGCGUGGAGUGGCUCACAUGUGGUACUUUGGGCUCCCCAGCCCAAAGGCUGGAGCGUUCAUUCUACUAUUGUGGCCAACUCUCCCGUGGCAUCUCUCGACUUCUGGGGCGGCACGCUCGCGCUCGGUACGCAGACAGGCGUCGAGUUGUGGCGCACGGAAAACGCGGAGGUUGUGGUCUGGGAUCGUAUUUGGUCGGGCUAUACUGAUCCCUGCCCCAUGGUAGCCCUGCCGCCGGAGAAGACCCAUGUUGCGUGGUACUUCCAGGGCGGUCGCGAGAUCUCUAUUCAGGCGUUUGGGGCCAAGGGCAUUACCGGUAACCCGCAGAAUCUGCGCCAACCGCGUUCGAUCGAGUGGCUCGGUUGGCGCACAGUGGCAACAUCCGACGCGCAACUAUAUGUCGUCACUACGAACGGUGUCUUACGCAUCUACGCCACCGUUUUGGACGACCCGACGUGGUUCCAGCUGUUAUACGCCAUGGACUACAGGGCGUUCCGUGACGCCGGUACUCUCCCUCCGAAAGGCAAGGGCCCAACCGAGUUCGGGUCUAUCUGGGUACCGGACGGGGCGACGCUACGACAAGCUGCAAAGAAAGCGCACACAGCCGCGGGGCGCGCGCGACUACCAGCUUCUGUGUUAAAGAUACUCGACGCGCUUGAUCAAGAUGAGGCGGAUAUCGCGGUGUGGUUUGGGCCCAGCGGCGAGGUAGUGCUUCGCUCCAUCGUGAAUCUUGAUCGGGCGCCGCCGACUCUUAUCAAGUCUGAGCCGCUCGCAUCGUUCGUCACCCGCGUGGAGGCCGCAUGGUCCAGCCGCGGAUGUCUGCUGGAUGGCAAGACGCUCUUCCUAGCCUUCCCUCCGUCCAACACGCAGCCGGACAUCUCCACCCUACGUGUUUCUCUCCUGGAUCUCUUUGCUGGGAGUGACGAGUCGUUCGAGGCCGCUGAGCCUGCCGAUUUUGAGACCAUGUCCGUGCUCAUGACACAGGACAUUGAGCGCUUCGUGCGCACACCAAAUGGACGCGGACUUCUCGCCAUCGGCGAAGGAGGUGAGAUCGGCGUGUGGGAAAAGCGCCGUCUUGGCAAAAUGGCGCGAAACGAGUCCAAACUCAGAACGACCUCACUUGUCGGCAAGGGGCAGUGGAUGGCGCCGGCCUCGCCAGUACUCUACGCGAUUUACGCUAAAGGGCGUGGAAUUGCCUCCUACUACAACGACCCGAAAGAGGGACCACGGGUUGUCCUUCAACACCUGGACCCUGGUGUUGGCGUCCCGACUGAACCAGUCGUCAUGCCCCACUUCGCGCCAAAGAAGGACGACAAGAUUGAGCUCCUGCUCGCCCUGUCCGACAUUGACGACGGUUAUAGUGCAAGGAGACGGCGAACCCGUCGCGCUGUCAUCAUCGCUGUGUCCGCUAGUGGAGAGGCGUGGGUGUGGCGCAUCGACCCACCGCCGACCUCACCACGUAUGGAGUUCUCCGAGUCACCGUUGGCGCGACGAGAUUCGCUGACUUCGACGCCGUUGCGCAGGGGUACUAUGCUUCCUGACUCCCCACUAGGCUCACCGCAAGUCAAAGGGAGCGUCAUGUCUGGGCACUCGGGGAGUGGUGUGUACCACAGCGAGAAGCCAAUAGUGACCCUGAUCUCGCACUCACACCUCCCUGUCGUGGAUGGGAAGAAACCGCGCUUCAUUCUUCCCGUCGAUCCCAUGGGGUGGCACAGCUCCACGAUCGACUGGGAGACUGAUACGCCGCUUCAAGACAUGGUCGUGACACUUUCCGAGAGCGGUGUGCUCGAGUUCUGGACACCGCGAUUAGGCCAGCACCUCGCCGGUCAGAGGCGGAAACAGGUGAAUCCACACACCUGUACCGAUGGACAAACUCCUUCUAGCGGCUGGACCCGCACGAGCAUCGUGAGGACGGAGAAGACGGACGUCUGCUUGGCGCGCACGAGUUCGCGGAAGAAGACGGCGCUCGUAUGCGCGCUCGGCGACAAAUACGAGGUAACAAUCUGGGACUCGAACGUUUCAGAGUUCUCCACUGGGCUGGAGUUGACGCACACAUUUGACGGUGGCCAUGUCAUUCAAGACCUCGACUGGACGACGACCUCUGACUUGCAGUCUGUGCUGGCUGUAGGCUUCCCGCACCAGAUCGUGCUGGUAUGCGAACAACGCAUGAGCUACGUCGACGUCACUCCAGGCUGGGCACCGUUCCUUCACGUCGACAUGCGCAGGUACACUUCCGUGCCGAUCAACGACUCCGUCUGGAUUGCUGGUGGAUCGCUCGCUGUCAGCGCUGGCAACCAAGUGUAUAUCUUCAGUCGAUUCCUGGAGCAGCCGACAUCCCCCUCACGAUCGGGACAGACCACGCCCACUAAUGCAGAGUUGGACAGCGAGGAGCCAGAGGACAUAUUCCAGCUGAUAGCACACGAAAACGGCCCGCUGUUUGAUUUCCACCCGACCAUGCUCCACCAGUGUUUGAUGUGGGACAAAAUCGAUCUCGUCAAGAGUAUUCUCGUCACUCUCGUCAAGGACAUGCGUAAAUGUGAGGAUGACGGACGGCGGCGCCUCAUCUACCAACGUCUGGACCCUCUUGCGUUCCACCAGUCAAAUGCGGCCUUGCCCCAGAAGGUCACGAAAACGGACUACACAAGCCUCUUUUCGAUAGCACCUCCAGAGGAACCGGUCGCGGACGACGAGUUCACGGAAUCGCUCGUUCGAGAGCUGGUCGAGAGACUGGACGGUCCUGUACUCAUCCCGCUCGACCAAGGCGACAAAAGCAGUUUGGCGGCGUUGGCGCAGGCCGUACUCGAAGUUGAGGCCUCGCGGCGCUCUCUCGACAUUUGCGGCCUGCGUUACCUGAUCAGCAUCCGCGCGUUUGCGAACCGUGACCGCCGCACCGCGCUCAGCGGCUCCACCAGCCCUCUUCCUAUCCCCAUCCCUCAGGAGGGGCUGCGACCCAAGGCUCACGCGCGUAUCUCGUUCCGCAACAUCGUCUGGGCGACGCACAGCGAGUCCCAUCACGUUCUUCUGCAGGCCGCGACGGCUGCCACGGAUAAUCACAAGAUGAUGUGGGAGGAUGCUGCACGCUUGGGCGUAUUCCUCUGGCUGAGAAGCCAGGAAGAGAUCCGAGCCCAGCUCGAGGUAGUCGCGCGCAACAGGUUCAUGGCGGAGGAGGAUCGCGAUCCAGUCUCCGCGAGUCUCUUUUUCUUCGCACUGGGCAAGAAGCAAGUGGUGCACGGCCUCUGGCGCCAGGCUCCAGGUCACAGGGAACAGCAGAUGAUGCUCAAAUUCCUCGCCAACGAUUUCACCCUCGACCGUUGGAAGACGGCAGCGGCUAAGAAUGCGUAUGCUCUUCUUAGCAAGCAGCGCUACGAGUACGCCGCAGCAUUUUUCAUGCUUGCCGGCAGCCCCAAAGACGCCAUCACGGUGUGUCUGCGCCAGCUGAACGAUUGGCAGUUGGCAGUGGCGCUCGCACGCGCCGUAGAAGGCGAUGGUCCAUUGCUCAAAUGGAUCCUUACCGACACGGUGCUCCCCAUUGCCUUUGGUGGCGGACAUCGGUGGUUGGCGUCAUGGGCUCUGUGGAUGCUUAAGCGCCGCGAUCUCAGUGUGCGCGUGAUUGUUUCUCCAAUGGAGGAAGUCGCGGCAGCCUAUGACGCUGAUGCGCUGAGUAGCGGCAAGCUGGCAGUGGGGCAGCCUGACAAUGAUGACCCCUCGCUCCUGCUGCUAUUCCGGCACCUCAGGAGCAAAACAUUGCAGACGGCAAAGGGUACUAGCGAGAUCACGCCGGUUCUCGAGUUCGACUUUGUUGUCCACAACGCCAGAGUAUUCUGGCGCAUGGGGUGUCAUCCGCUCGGCCUGGAUGUACUGCGCUCGUGGUCUUUCGAGCGCGCAUGGUUCCCGCCGCCGAAGCCUCAGAAGCGACCAGAGCCCAUCAAGACGGACGGCGACGUUGGAAAGGCCCCGAUCUCACCUGCGCGUCGCAUGUCUACGUCGCCGUAUACACCGCGCCGCAGAAGCAGUUUCAUGCUGGCCCGACCAGCCGGGCGCGAAAACAUGCUCAUGGAUAUGGACGUCGUGGCGGAGGGAACUGAACCUCCGACGCGUCAGCCCUCUCCGACGCCAGGGAAGCAUGCCCGGCCACAGCUUGCCAUAUCUAAGCCAGAGGAGAGCCCCAAGAGACCCAGUUUAAUGAAGGGGUUGCGCAACGACGUCGAGCAGGGCGCAGCUGUGUUCGACAUGGACUCAUUCUUCGCCCCCGACAAGGCGAAGGGCGUUCCGGACCUCGUCACGUCCCCCGCUUCGACGAGCGGUACAGCUACACCAGCUUUCAUCACUGCGGACACCACCCCGCUCUUUGAUGUCCAUUUUGCCGACUCGUUCGGCGGCGCCGCAUCGACAGCGCGUAAGCCCGAUAGCGUCAGCCCCGGCAGCCCCAGGAGUCGCGCCUUAUCACCGGGCACUAGGAGCCCGGUGGGAAAUGCGCUCCGAGGACAAUCACCCGCCCGAUCGGGUGCCGGCACGCCAGCCCACAAGGGCGCAAACUUCAUGAAAGAGAUGAUGGCUGGAACUCAGGCUGAGCAAGGCCAAACUGAGUUCAGCUUCAACAACUUUUUCCCAGACACCUUACCUGCACCCGCCAAAUCGCCUGCGCCCCCUCGGCCGGCCACGCCUCCACAGAAGUCGCCGACGAAAACCUGCUCCACUCCGUCCUCACCCACGGCUCCCGGCCGCCCUCUCUCCAGACUUGGGGACGGGGACGAUGCAAGCAACGGGCUGAAGACUGAGGAGAAGGCUGACAAGGAGGAGAAGCCCAAGGGUUUGAGUCUCAUGAAGGAGACGAACGCCCACACGCAGUCGGCGCAAGGGGGCGCAGAAUUUAGCUUCGACAGCUUCCUCCCACUCGAGCCUGCACCCAAACCCGCGCUAAAGAAGAAUGAGGUUGAGAUCACUUCCAAAGACGAGGCUGAGCCCGGAGCCGGAAUCAAGGCGGAGUCUGACUCGGAAGAAGUCCAGUCCCCGUCUGGCAAAGCUUCUGACGCAGAAGAACCCCAAGGAGGAGCGAACGACGCGUCGGCGGCACAUGAGCCGGAGGUCAAGCAGCCAAGUCCCUCGUCUUUGUCAUCACCCGACUCUGACUCGCCUAAGACGGCGGAUGCCGAUACUAUGCCCAGCCCCCCGGAGAAGGAGAGCCCUACGACCCCCGACACUGAGCCCCGAAAAGGCGCCAAUCUAAUGAAAGAUCUCAACCCUAAUGCCAACGCAGCCCAAGGGGGUACAGAGUUCAACUUUGACGAUUUCGGAUUCUAGACGCGAUGCGAGGCGCUCUUUGCGCAUUAUAUUCUGAGCAUGGACACGCUCAGGUUCCAUAACUCGCAGUUACGACGCAUUUGCUUUUGGUUAU